AUGCCCGAAGCAGCUCACAUAGCUCCGUCGACGCAGGCUCUGACCCCGGAGGAAGCGGAGUCUUACUACUUUAAAAUCAAUCCACCACCUCCGUCAUUAGAAGAACAUCAUGAGCUGGCAAAGGAGUUCAUAGACAGACAUGUCCAGACUGGCCGAAGAUUGGUUCUCGUCACGUCUGGAGGAACAACAGUACCUCUCGAGACACAGACGGUCAGAUUCGUGGAUAACUUCUCUGCCGGAACGCGUGGAGCUACAUCUGCAGAGUACUUCUUACAAGAGGGAUAUGCUGUGAUCUUCCUGCAUCGACAGUUCAGCUUGCUUCCAUACUCGAGGCAUUUCAGCCAUUCGACAAACUGUUUUCUCGACUUCAUGGAUGAAGGUAGCUCUUCUUUAAACAGCAGUACUAAAAACAAUAAUGACCAUGGCCCUAUCGUCGUUCGGUCUGAAUAUCAAGAUGAGAUGCGUAAGGUUCUACGCCAGUACCGUUACGCUAAGGAUAACAACCUUCUCCUUGUCCUUCCCUUCGUUACGGUUACGGAAUACCUAUACGAGCUUCGAUCUCUGGCCAACCUCAUGAAACCACUUGGUCCCAAUGCCCUGUUUUACCUUGCGGCAGCUGUUUCCGACUUCUUCAUCCCCCGUGAUAGGAUGGUCGAACACAAGAUCCAAUCAUCUAACGAGCCAGUUGCAGCCAGCAGUAAGGAGAAGAACGAUCAAAACAAGUCCGGCUCCAAUAUCCCUCCUGACUCGAUUUAUACGGGCUUCAAUGAUCCCCAGCCUCCAACGCAUGGUAAAAAGCUAAUUAUAGACCUGGACCCUGUUCCGAAAUUCUUACAUCGACUAGUGGACGGGUGGGCGCCAACUGGCAGCAUGGUGGUUAGUUUCAAGCUUGAAACAGACCCCGACCUAUUGAUUUCGAAGUCUGAACAGGCAUUACAACGUUAUGCACAUAAUCUGGUUAUUGGAAAUCUGCUAUCCACCCGGAAAUGGGAAGUCGUGUUUGUGAGUCGAGACAAGGCAACUGGGAAAUUUGGGCUAGAGUGGGUUCGUGUUCCAAAGCCGAGUACAAGGACUAGAAAGGGGAGUGUUGCGGCCAGUGGAGGCGCUGCUCAACCCCAGCCAGACGUGGAAAUUGAGAGUCUGAUCAUUCCAGAGCUGAAGAAAGCGCAUACCGAGAUGAUCCAGACCUUUAGAAAUUCACAAGAAGCAAAGUGA